CCCCGUCCCCGGCGGCCGGGCUUUCUGCCGAGCGCAGGAUGAGCGGGGCGUCUGCGACCCUCGGCCGCGGAGCGAGGCCUCGGGGCCGGGCCGGGACCACCACGCCCGCCCCGGGGAACCGCACAGGCACCUGCACUCAACUGCAGCCGCCCCCUCGAGGCACCCUCCAAGUCCUCCGUGGCGAUGGCACUGCUGUGGGGACCGUGCUCGUGUUCCACUGCCCCUCCGGCCACCAGAUGGUGGGGUCUGGCCUGCUCACCUGUGCCUGGAGGGGGAUCAUUGCUGACUGGUCUUCAGGGAUCCCUGUGUGCAAGGCCGUGCCGCCCCACGAGACCUUUGGCUUCAAGGUGGCAGUGAUCGCCUCCAUCGUGAGCUGCGCCAUCAUCCUGCUCAUGUCGAUGGCCUUCCUCACCUGCUGCCUCCUCAAGUGUGUGAAGAGAAGUGAGCAGCGGCGCUCCAGCAGGACAGCCCAGAUGUGGUACCAGCUGAGAGGUGAGGAUCUGGAGACAGUGCAGGCCGCGUACCUGGGCCUCAAAGGGAACUACAACAACAGCAGCAGUGGCGGCGGUGGCAAGCCUGGAGGCCAGCCCAGCCAGGCACAUGACAACCACAGCUUCACUAUAGACCUCAAUGAAGGCAUCCGGGAGCUGGCUGGCACAACCCCUGGCAUGGACAAAGACCCCUGGAUUCCGGAGCCCGGCACCCUCAGUCCCUGUGGCUCUUCCAGCGCCCCAUGUGCCCGCAUGGUUGUCCACACAGCGAAGCCAGGAAAGACCCUGCCUACCUCCGUGCCCACCAAAAGGAUGACCACUCGGCCUGCAGCAAACCUGCCAGGGUGACUGCCAGCCAGUCACCUGCAGCUCCACACAUGUCUACCCUGGCCCAUGAAAUCAGCCUCCAGAUGGAGGAAGCCUGAGGGCCCUGCAGGGAGCACUGCAUCCAGAAAGAGCCAGGCUGUGGGAACUACACAGCAGUGACUCACUUGAGCCAGCUGCUAAGGUUAAGCGCCAUGGCAGCCUCCCUCCAGCCAGGGUUCCUCUAAAGAGACUGGGAGACUUUUCAGCAGCUCUAGUUUUGCACAGUAGAAUAAGGAAAGAGCAAUAAAUUUCCUUUCAGCAACUUCAACUGACCCCCUCAGUAUCCCCCUGGGAGGACAUGCUGUUUUGAAGCAGGGACCUGCCCAGAGCUCUGUAUCUGGCAUCUGUGCAAGUGCAAGUGAGUGAAAUACAGCAGUUCUUUCUCCUAUUGAAAGAUA